CCCCUCAGAUUGCCACUUAUUUCAGUUUUUCAUCUGAACAGGAGAUGAAUGUCUUUCAAUUGGUAAAUAAAAUUUCACUGUAUCCCUUUGUUUUCCUUCACUUACAAAUGUCAUUGUUGUGCAUGCAUGUUUGUCUUGUAGGUGUGUGUUUGGCGACUUUCCCCCAGAUGCUGAGGUGCCUGUAUCCCUGGCGCAGGCCCUUACUGAGCUGUAGUUGGCGUAGACUGUGCCUUCUGAAGCAAUAUCUAUUUACAAUGAAGUUGCAGUCUCCAGAAUUCCAGUCACUUUUCACAGAAGGAUUGAAGAGUCUGACAGAAUUAUUUGUCAAAGAAAAUCAUGAAUUAAGAAUAGCAGGAGGAGCAGUGAGGGAUUUAUUAAAUGGAGUAAAGCCUCAAGACGUGGAUUUUGCUACCACUGCUACCCCAACUCAAAUGAAGGAGAUGUUUCAGUCUGCUGGAAUUCGUAUGAUAAACAACAAAGGAGAAAAGCAUGGAACAAUUACUGCCAGGCUUCAUGAAGAAAAUUUUGAAAUUACUACGCUACGGAUUGAUGUUGUCACUGAUGGAAGACAUGCUGAGGUAGAAUUCACAACUGACUGGCAGAAAGAUGCUGAACGCAGAGAUCUCACUAUAAAUUCUAUGUUUUUAGGUUUUGAUGGUACUUUAUUUGACUACUUUAAUGGUUAUGAAGAUUUACAAAAUAAGAAAGUUAGAUUUGUUGGACAUGCUAAACAGAGGAUACAAGAAGAUUAUCUUCGAAUUUUAAGAUAUUUCAGGUUUUAUGGGAGAAUUGUAGGCAAACUUGGUGACCACGAUCCUGAGACUUUGGAAGCAAUUGCAGAAAACGCAAAAGGCUUGGCUGCAAUAUCAGGAGAAAGGAUUUGGGUAGAAUUGAAAAAAAUUCUUGUUGGUAACCAUGUAAAUCAUUUGAUUCACCUCAUCUAUGAUCUUGAUGUGGCUCCUUACAUAGGCUUACCUGCUAAUGCAAGUUUCGAAGAAUUUGACAAAGUCAGUAAAAAUGUUGAAGGUUUUUCACCAAAGCCAAUGACUCUCUUGGCCUCAUUAUUCAAAGUACAGGAUGAUGUCACAAAAUUGGAUUUGAGGUUGAAGAUUUCAAAAGAAGAGAAAAACCUUGGUUUAUUUCUAGUUAAAAACAGGAAAGAUUUAAUUAAAGCAACAGAUAGUUCAGAACCACUGAAACCCUAUCAAGACUUCAUUAUAGAUUCUAGGGAACCUGAUGCAACUACUCGUGUAUGUGAACUACUGAAGUACCAAGGAGAACACGGUCUUCUAAAGGAAAUGCAGCAGUGGUCCAUUCCUCCAUUUCCUGUAAGUGGCCAUGACAUCAGAAAAGUGGGCAUUUCUUCAGGAAAAGAAAUUGGGGCUCUAUUGCAGCAGUUGCGAGAACAAUGGAAAAAAAGUGGUUACCAGAUGGAAAAAGAUGAACUUCUAAGUUAUAUAAAGAAGACCUAAAGUUGAUGAGAGCUGGCUACUAAAAAGCAGAAAUUUUUGGUAAGACUAGUUAUUUUUCUUCCUCCCCCUUAGUGAGAUUUAAGAGACUUGAAUAUACAGCUGAAUAAAAGCCAGCUUAGAGGACAUCUGCAGAAGAAUAAAGAUCUUAUUUUGUGAAAUAUAAUUAUAUUUCAGGCACUAAACUGAUGUCUACCUCCUCUUAAUCUGACUUAUAUCACUGAACCUUAUAAUUCUUUUGGAAUCGUUCCUACUGAGAAAAGUAUAUUCGGCCUCUCCUAUCUAUCCAUCUUAAUCUGUCUAGGCUUCUUUAAAA